AUGUUGAAACGCCCUUUUCUCACUGGUGAAGACUACAAGUCAGCGUUUAACCUCUUCUGCUGCAUCUACGGUAUUGGCACACUUGGUAUGCCCGGUAACUUUGCUCGCGCUGGUCCGAAGAUUGCCGUAAUUGCCAUGGCGUUUAUGGCAUUUGCCAACAUCUACUCGUCCAUUACAAUGUCGAAAGUGAUGUUACUGGCCCCCAAGUCCGUCAAGACGUUUGGAGACCUUGGAGAAUGGAGCAUUGGCAUGACCGGUCGGUGGUUAUGCACUAUCUCACAAAUGGGUUCUUGUCUGCUCAUUCCGUGCGUGUUUUUGGUUCUCGGUGGUCAGUUGCUUGAUGGACUCUUCCCCAAUGCUUUUAGCCAGACUACUUGGACUAUCCUCAUGGCGCUCAUGGUCUUACCGGUGUGCCUAGUGCCGACGCUUAAGGAAGGGUCAGGAGCUGCAUUUGCUGGUUGUAUGGGCACAAUCGUCGCCGACGUUAUUGGCGUCACAGUCGUGAUCUAUGGCAUGCGUGGCCAUCCGAGCGUACCGUUCCCAGACCUCAAGUUCUCUCAAGUCGCUAGUGUAUUCGGCAAUCUCUCACUUGCCUACGGUGCCGGGAUUGUUAUUCCAGACUUACAGCGUCAACAUAGCGACCCCACUCGUAUGCCUCGUGUGGUUGGAUUGACUGUUGGCUUUGUGUCAAUCCUGUUCUUGAUCCUUUCCAGCACUGCUUACUCAGCUGUAGGGUGUCAGAUCUCGGGGAACUUGCUCUUCACGAUAUACCCUGACAAAGAGACAGGCAUGACACCGCUUGGAUUUGUUCCAAACUGGGGCAUUGUCGUGCUCGCCUACUUGUUCAUGCAACUCCACAUAACGAUCGCCUUCUUUGUCAUUCUCAAUCCAGCCUUCUACAUUGCUGAGCGUCUGUUUCUUGGCAUGCAUAAGAGUACAACGGAUGGCAUUGAGAUUGAAGACGGGUUUGAAGAGAACACAACGCCUGUAAACGUGCAUGGCAAACAAUCGGAUGCAGGGUUUUCCAAUACCAAUAAUGACACCUUGUUCCAACGGAACCGCCGCUCGAAAUUGUCGUAUGUGUCGGUUGCUGACUCGGAGCGUGUGCAUAAGGACAAUGAGGAGGAAGAGGCUGCCGAGUACACUGGUUCGAACGUAUUCAAGUACGUUGCUCUCCGUGUUUUCAUUGUUGCUAUCCUGGUUGUUCUCGCCAUUGUGUUCAAGGAUCAUUUCUCGGAGUUUGCUGACUUUGUUGGCGCUUCGUGCAUCACAACGAAUUGCAUCUUGCUGCCGAUUAUCUUUUACCUUAUCAAGACAUGGGAUCGUGUUCCAAUGUACGAGAAGAUUGCUGCGAUUAUGGUUGUUGUGGUUUGCUUUGUGCUUGGAUGUUACGUCACGUACACGACCGGUAAGGCUCUCUUCUUGCCCAAGGAGAAUGAUGUCGAGUUUCCAUUCUGCAAUGCCGAGUAUGAAAACACAAUCUACUACAACUACACGGCCGUGCACGAGGCGUAG